AUGCAAGUGGCGGCCUGGCGGACAAGCGGAUCAAGCAGCGGAUGGCUAACAUUCCGGGAAGAAAGCGAGCUGGAUCUGCAGCCCCAGCGGCAGGCUCGGGUGUGUCCAUGCCCCAGCACGACGAGACGUUCAGCCUCUGGCCCCACCAGUUUCGCGCCUCCAGCCCCAGCGGAGUCCGGCGGGUGCGAGUGCAUGCUGCUCGGCCGGCCUGCCCGCUGGGAAAACCAGCCCCUCGCAGUCCAACGAUCGACCCCAUCCGUUCCGUUCCGAGACAGCGCAGCAUCCCUCGCGACCGAAAUCCAUCCACCCACAACAUAUCAUCGCGUGCUCAUGGCGGGCACGGGACGCCCGCUGAUCCUCUCGCACCCGCCGACGGGCGCCCACGUCGUCCUCGAGGCGCCGGCCGAGCUGGCGGGCCUUGCGGAGCACUCGCGGGAGGCCUUUUCGGCGUGGCUGGGCGGGCAGACGGGCUCGCCCCUGCUGCUCCAGCGGCGCACCGAGGCCGCCGAGGACUCGGCGGACGAUGACGAGAGCGGGCGGCCGGCGCCGGGCGGCGCGGAAGCCGACAAUCUCCACUCGCUCUACGCCCCCAUCCUCACGCCGUUCCUCGAAGCUGCCGACGCCCAUCUGGAUGCGCUGGCCUCCUCAGACCAUGCGCACGCCAGCGCGCUGUACAAAGACCACGGAAUACGCAUUCUCCAAUGGCUGAGCGAGCCGAGAACGACGCCGCCGACGGCCUAUCUGGCCACAUGUGCGGUCUCGUUACCUUUGAUCGGGCUGUUCGCCGCCGACUUCAGCGACCCCCGCCCCGACGCCCAGGUCUCCCUCUUCAACGGCCCCAAGGCGUUCGUCGUCACCGGCCAUCCCCGCACGUUGCUCGGCCUGGUCUCCCUCUUGAAGAAAUCCAAGGCCGACCCCGGCCUCGACCAAUCCAAGGUCCCAUUCAGCAAGCGUCUGCCGGUGUUCUCGAUGCGCUUCCUGCCCAUCGGCGUGCCCUAUCACUCGCACCAUCUGGAGGGAUGCGUCGCGCGGAUCCUGCGGCCGGUUGCCGAGGGCGGGAUCGGAGCGGAGGAGUCCGAGUGGUGGGAGAGCCACCGGGCCAGCCUCGGCUGUCCGGUCUACAACACCGAGACGGGCGCCGAUCUGCGCGCCGAGCCCGGCGGCCUGUUGCAGACGCUCGCCGACUUGAUCUGCACGCGCCCCGUCCACUGGGCCCAGGCGUGCGCCUUCCCCGAAGAUACCACCCACAUCAUCGACCUUGGCCUGGGCACGUUGUCCGGCAUCGGCUCGCUUAUGGCCCGCACCACCGAGGGCAAAGGCCAUCGGAUGGUCUUUGCCGGGCUCCCCGCGUCCGGGGAAGGGAACAAGACGAUGAACGAGGUCUAUGAUGCCAUCAACAUCACUCGCGAGGAGAAAUGGUCGCAGAAGUACAAGAUUGGGCUGAUCAAAACCGCAGAUGGCCGGCUUCAGAUCGACACCCCCUUCUCCCGACUCUUGAGCAAGCCGCCCUUGAUGGUUGCGGGGAUGACGCCCUGCACUGUCCCGGCGGACUUCAAUGCGGCGUAA